CAGCCGUUGUUAUCCAUCCAUCCGCGGCGCAUUGCUUCUGCGCUUCUGCUUCGUUGCUUCGUCAACUUCAACGCAUCAGCGAGCGAUGGGGGACGAAGAACUGGCAGCAAUACGUGCAAGGCGCUUGGGCGCUCUGCAGGAAGAAUUCGGCGGAAAUCGGGGUAAUGAGCCAGCCAAUGUGGAACGUGAAGCAGAGCAGAAAGCCAAAGCAGAGGACUUCAAAAACCAAGUCCUCAGCCAAGCCCUGACCCAGGAGGCCAGAGCACGACUGAACACAAUUGCAGUGGCAAAACCAGAGAAAGCGGCUCUUGUGGAAAACAUGCUUUUGCGAAUGGUACAGAUGGGACAGAUACAGAGUAAGCUUCAAGAAUCUGACCUCAUCAACCUCCUUGAGAGGGUCAGUGAGCAGACUCAGAAGAAGACAACUGUUAAGUUUGACAGGCGUCGAGCAGGGCUGGACUCCGAUGAAGAGUACUGAAGAGGGACGUGAAAUGAAUGAACAGAGGGCAGCUGUCCAUUGCUGCCUUGUCGGAUACCCAAGGAGAAUCAGUUUUGUAGGUUUGCUCCCAAUUUGGGGCCUUGUCUUUUUUACUGCCUCAGGUUAUGCCCCACUGCACUUUUCUUAAAAAUAAAGUUUCUCCGACUGAA